GGCCAUAGGUCAGGAUUACUAAGUUAGUUAACUUUGUGUUAUAGUGGUGCUUUGACCCUGAGGUAAUUAGUGUGGUCAGUUAUGGAGUCUGGCAAGUAAGGUUUGGAUUGGAAGUGCUAAUUCCUGGGGUCAUUAUGAACUAUGAGGAGCAGCAAGUGAGGAAGGAUGUGUAGGAAACAUAUAAUUGGUGAUAGUAGGGAAAAAUAUAAAUCCUGGGGUUAGUUAGACCAGAGUUUGGAGGGAAGUCUAUUAGGCAGUAGAGGUGAUAAUCAAUGUGGGGGGUCAGUUUUGAAUUAUGAGGACUAAUGUUUAGGGGGUGUAGUCACUGGGGAGUACUUAGAGGUAGUAUCAGUUAAUGUGGGGUAUGGCUAGGGUAGUCAUUUGAGUUAGGGGAAGAUUAGGCUGUUAAUCAAGAUGAAGGAAAGCCAGGGAUUAUGGGUCAGAUAAAUUAUCAACUCUUGAGUGGAGGAUGGUGAGAGGAAAGUCAGGGACUGAGUUUUCUCUCUCUCAGAAGAAAGUUCAUGUUAGGCUCCCAAAAUCUACAUGUCAGACUGCCCAAUUGGAUUUUGUUGGUGAGAUAGCCAUCCGGGCCUGUUUUCUUGGCUUUGUCUUCGGAUGUGGUUUGCUGCUAAGUUUUAGCCAGUCUUCUUGGAGUCACUUUGGCUGGUAUAUGUGCUCCUUGUCAUUAUUCCAUUACUCUGAGUAUUUAGUGACAGCAGUCAAUAAUCCCAAAAGUCUCUCCCUGGACUCCUUUCUUCUGAACCAUAGUCUGGAGUAUACAGUAGCUGCUGUCUCUUCUUGGAUAGAGUUCACAGUUGAAAAUUAUUUUUGGCCAGAAAUGAAGCAGUUAACAUGGCUCAGUGUCACUGGGCUACUUAUGGUGAUCUUUGGGGAGUGUCUUCGGAAAGCUGCCAUGUUUACAGCCGGUUCCAACUUCAACCACGUUGUUCAGAAUGAGAAAUCAGAGACACACACACUGGUGACAAGUGGUGUGUAUGCUUGGUGCAGGCACCCUUCUUAUGUCGGAUGGUUUUACUGGAGUAUUGGAACCCAGGUCAUGCUCUGUAACCCAAUCUGCGGUGUUGCAUAUGCUUUGACAGUUUGGCGAUUUUUUCGAGAUCGAACCGAAGAGGAGGAAAUCUCAUUGAUCCACUUUUUUGGAGAAGAAUACCUAGAUUAUAAAAAGAAGGUGCCAACAGGCCUACCUUUUAUUAAAGGAGUUAAAGUAGAGCUUUAACACAAGGCAUGGCAUGAAGGGUGAUGGUGUCUCUGGUUCUGUUAGGCCAGGCGAGGUGACCUCUAGCUCUGGGCAGCAUGAGGAAAGGAGCCAUGUAUGCUUCUGUAUUCAGAAGCCAAAGGUUUAGUAGUCAUUUUGUAUUUUACCAAUUAUCCUAUGGAGAAGCACGAAGGGCUGGGUAGUCAGAGGGCCUUUAAUGGAUCUGAGAAGAUAACAGAGAUCCAUCUUCAUCCUUGGCCAUGGUAGGUAGGACUUCUAGCUCAAAGCAAACAGGAGGAAGUGACUUCAUUUUCUACGAUGGUGUUCCUCAGAACGGAACUUGGUGACAAGCUGCCUAGUGUCUCAUUUGCCCACCAGAGAGGAAUUGAAGAAUCUCUGCAACAAAAAUCGAUUAACUGCUUCCCAAUAUUAAGGUUAUGAAAAGGCAAAAAAAAAAUGGGGGGGUGGAUAUAAGUGCUUCUUAUUUACAUUAGAAAACUGAUUGUAAAACUUACUUCAACAAUAAGCCCAGACCUCACUGCUUUAACCUUUUUAUUUCUCCCCUUUUUAAGUGCAUGAGUAUCCAUUUCACAUUGAAAAUAUUUGCUUAGAAGAUGCUUUGGCUCUUCCCCAUUUUCUGUAAUUUUUAAAAAUAGCAAUUAUUCAGUCAUUUGAUAUUUUUUUUAUUGCCACUUUUAUAUUUAGCAACAAAUAGAUGUGGGAAUUUUACAUUUUGAAAUGAUUUUAGAGUGUUUUAAGGUGAGUGAAAACUUUAAAAUUGCAAAUUUUUCCUACCACACUAAAUAUACUAUAACAAGUGACUUCCUCAAAUCCAAUGACACUCUCCAUGAUCUUUGUGGGAAGUUGUGUUUCCUGCUUUUUAUUCCUUCCACAAAGGUCGAGUUUUUGAGAAAUGAGAGACUUCUCAGUAUUGGGACCUCUUUAUUACUAUCAGAAAGGGGGAGUAGGAACUACAGAAAGCUAUUAUUGCAAACCCUUUAAGAAACUCUGAUGGCUAUUAUCCACUUAAUUACCUGUCCACCCACUGGUUGUACUUCUUGCAUUUUAUUCAAAAUUUGCAAUCUGAAGUUGUUACCCCCCAGUUCUUGGUCAUUCUCUUUUUAAAAUUCCAGUGUGCUUCAUGAUUUUUGCCACUUGAUGAUAAAUUAUUACAACUUUGAGUUCACUCAUGAAAAUCCAUUUCAUAAUCCCAAUUCUCUUUGUUGUUUCCCAAGUGCAGGGGAAAUGAUUGGUUUUACAAAUCAAAUGUACAAGCUUUAAAAGGUAAAAUGCCUAUUGGAAUUUGAAAUCUAUACAGAGCUUAGUCUGGGUGUGAGAUCCUUCUAAGUGGCACUAGCUAGCUUUGAAUGUGAAGGCAUCUGGGGCCAGUGGGUAGAGCAUAUUUCUACCACUGAUUCACCACGAGGCCUUGUGUAAAGUCACGUAACCCUUCUGUGCCUAAAUCUCUCCGCUUGUAAAGUGGGGAUAAUGACACCUACCUCACAGGGGUGUUGUGAGGAUUCAUAAGAAAGAAUGUCUCUUACACAUUUUUAACUCGGAUGAAUGAGAGAGAUGUUGUCUAAGAGAAAACUAUAAUCCGUGCAAAAUAGAGAAAAUGCCUGUGUAUAGACAUUAUACACGCAUACCUAAAAUGUAUAUUCAAAGCAUCUUAGGUCUUACCAAUUUAGAAAUAUUUCUUAUUUCCAGGUUUCAUGACUUAAUUUAUUUUCUGUUCCUAUAUACCAAAGAGGCUUUACAAGUUCUUUGAUUACUGGUAGGAAAACUUGCUGGUAGGAGGACUACAUGGAUAAUUGCCAGACUUUUAGUCUUUGCUCUAGUUAUAAGCUUGAGACCAGAUUAGGAAAAGGUCACUUGCUGAAUUUGUGGGCCUUAGGGUUCUUUGCAACAACCCUUUGGUCUCUGAUGGUAAGAUUAUGUGCACUAAUUUAGUGGCUUCAGUUAAGUUAAUUCCCACCUCAUUCUCCUUCAAAUUAUGCUAAGCUGAGCAGAUUCUGCUCUUAUAACUUCACAUCCUCUGAAAGAUGGUUGUGGAGUUUUUGGACUCCCCAGGCACUUGAGGGAGGAUUUUUCUUUGCUUGAACCCAGCAAGGUCCAAAUCCAGAGUUUGAUUUCUUUUUUGAAGGUCACAUGUUCUGUCCUUUCAACAACUUUUUGUCGUGGCAUGUGAUCUUGGGGGCAGGUUAAUUACUAGAUGAUCUCCCUGUUUCAUGGACCAGAAGGCUACAGGUAUCAGGGUAUAAUUAUUUACUCAUCCUUUUAGAUCCCCAAGUGCAUUAUCUUCAUUUGACCAAGCCCCAAUCCCAGGCUACCAUGGACCUCCAGGUCUUAAGGUUGCACUGUGUUUUGCUGCUUUUCAGCUGCCCUGAAUAUACCAUGUUUUACUCACUGGUUUAUGGAAGAAGCUGGUGGUAUUCUGAUGGGAGCAGAAGAGAAAUCAUUUCUCCCUUAACCAGGGUAGAAGUCAGCAACUACUUGUGGGGGGCAUACAAAAUAUUCAAGGGCAGGAUUUGAGUACUUUUGACUUUGAUCUGAUACCAUGAGCUUCAGUUUCAUUUAAAAUAUAUAAACUUAGCAAUAAUUGUGUACAGUACAAAAAAUUAGGUGGAUAAGUUCAAUGCUUCUCUGUCAUUCGCUCUAAAGUUGACAUCACUAAUUCCUUCUAAAUAAUGAAAUGACAGGAAAUGCUUUUUUCUAUUUCAAAAUUUUUUAAUGAAUAUAUAUAUAUGUAUGCAUAUACAUAUAUAUGUGUGUGUGUAUAUAUAUAUUCUUAUCCACAAAAAGAGUCCUGUAAAUACUGGGGCCCAGAGCUGUGUAAAAUGGAGCAGCGGUUCUUCAGCAUCAGGGUCUGGUGGCCCCCCACAGGACUCCUCAGUGCAUCAUGUUGGGUUGAGUUGACUGAAUGAGUAGUACUAGGAGCCAAAUAUAUUUUUUCAAGGUCAAUAAAUGAUGAUAUGGGCCUGUCUGUUCCUUAGUACAAAUUGCUGCUGAUGCCUAAAAGGUAGUCAAUUUUAUUAGUCCUGUUUUUCCCUCUAUUUACAUAAUAUUCUUCCUGAUUCAGUUAGAUAUUCUGACUGAGGAGGGGAAAGUAUAUAUAGAUAGAUAGAUUCCUAAACUUAUAGGUUAUGAAUACAAAUAUCUUUGUUUAAGGCUUGAUGAAAUCUUAGCCCAAACUCACCAUAAGCAAUCAAUCACCUCCUAGUAAUGAGUCCAGUAAAUCACUGUCCCUCCUCAGCACUUUGUUCCUUACUGCCUGGGCUAGUUUCUGAGCUCCCAUUCUAUAUGGCUUUUCUACUAAGCUGGAGAUGCUCUAAAAAUCUGAGUGUAGGAGGAAGCUGUAUUAUUGCUACAUUGCUUCCUUGCUCCUACAAAGGCUUGAUCACUUGGGAUGGGCUAGGGACAUCAGUUUUCAUCAGGAUUCACCUGGAGAAGUCCUUUGUGCCUGACUCUUGGAAGCCUGCCCCAGACCCAGGAUGUAUUCAAUUAAUGGAGUAAUUGUUCUACUCUUCUUUUUACAUGAAGAAAUGUUUAUUUAAAUAUUUUUAAAUGAAUUUUCUUUCACAGAUAUUGAUUAUUCUUUCCAAUUCUUAAAUAAAACUAUUCUUGAUUUCAAUAUGAA